AUGGAACUCUUCCGUGUUGGCGGGGAUGUGCCAGAGACAAACUACCUAUUCAUGGGAGACUUCGUCGACCGGGGCUUCUACUCCCUCGAGUCCUUCCUCCUUCUCCUCUGCCUCAAAGUCCGCUACCCCGACCGAAUAACACUCAUCCGCGGCAACCACGAAUCCCGCCAGAUCACCACCGUCUACGGCUUCUACGACGAAUGCCUGCGCAAGUACGGCUCCGCCAACGUGUGGCGCCACUGCUGCGAAGUCUUCGACUACCUCGCGCUCGGCGCCCUCGUCGUCGGCGCCGGCUCCUCCAUCAGCGACACCGAGGAAAUCGAGGUCGAGGUCGUCGGCCAGUUCGGCGAGGUCAUCAGCCGCAUGAAGCGCCCCGAGGCCACCCCCGCCAUCGGCGGACCCCCGGGCUCCGGCGCCAGCGGCAGCUCCGGCGGAACAAAGGGCGUCAACAACGGCGCGGUGCUGUGCGUGCACGGCGGCUUGUCGCCCCUCGUCGACAGCGUCGACAAGAUCCGCCUCCUGGACCGCAAGCAGGAGGUCCCGCAUGAAGGCGCGAUGUGCGAUCUCCUCUGGAGCGACCCCGACGAGAUCGAUGGGUGGGGGCUUUCUCCGCGUGGCGCGGGAUUCCUCUUCGGCGCGGAUAUCGUGAAGCACUUUAACCACAUCAACAACCUCAGCCUGAUUGCGCGCGCGCACCAGCUCGUCAUGGAGGGGUUCAAGGAGAUGUUUGACUCGUCGAUUGUCACGGUGUGGUCGGCGCCGAACUACUGCUACCGCUGCGGCAACGUCGCGGCGAUCUUGGAGCUCGGGGAGGAGCGGAAUGGGGGUGGGGCGCCGUGGAGCGCGACGGAUAGGACGACGGUGGUGAGGCCGGGCCCCGGGAGGAGGUAUAGGGUGUUUGAGGCGGCGCCGCAGGAUAGUAGGGGUAUGCCGGCGAAGAAGCCGGUUGCAGAUUACUUCUUGUGA